CAGUGACGUCUAUUGACAACACUCAGCUUCUCCGUUAAGUUUGUGCGUGCUUUCAAACGGACAUAGACCAUUUAAGGGAGGUAAACAGCAAGGCUUUUGUUAAGUGUUGGUUUAUAAACCCAUCCAUUCAAGUCAGCGGUUCUCAAACUGGUUCAGCCAUGUCGCGACCCAAAUACAACCCCGACCUACUGAAGAUGGCACCCAAGAGAUCUACCCAGCAGUGGGAGGAGCUGUUCAAGAAGUUCGACAAGGACAACAGCGGCACCCUGGACGUGCACGAGCUGAGGAAUCUGCUGAGGGCGGGGAACAGUAACAUGACGGACACCCAGAUCGCGGAUGCCUUCGUCUACUUUGAUGGGCCUCAGGGAGACAGGAGGAUAACUCUCGACGAAUUCGUCAAGGGACUGAAGAAGUUGGAAGACUUUAUCUCCAAACUGGCCCAGUUGUUCAAACAAUACGACUCUGACAACAGCGGGUUCCUGGACAAGAACGAGCUGAGGAAGAUUCUAGAAGCAUCUGGCCACAAGUUCACCGACCCAGAGGUCAACGAAAUCCUCAAGAACGCCGACAAGAGCGGGGACGGGAAGAUUUCAUUCGAAGAGUUUAUGGACGCCUGCACGUAAUUCAGCAAGGGUCAUUAAAGAAAUAAUACAUCUUUAAAUAGUAUUCACAUUUUCACUUGAAGCUUUUUACCCCAUUUUCAAUAAAGUAUUGUCAUUUUUUAAACUUAAAUUUAGAUUUUAGUUAGAUCAAAUCACGAUUGGCUGCCACUAGUCACGUGGUUAUAUAUAAAAUGUUUAUUAGUUGUUUUUUUUAAUGAUGACUGUAGAAAAUGGAUUAAAAGUUCAUUGAUUUAAUUAAUAUAAUACUUAUAACUUCUGAAUACAUUUAAUAUUAAUGUGUUCCCUUAAUUAUUACAAUAGAAUAGUUUUAAUUUAAAAAUUCAUUCCUAUCUGGAAAUAGUUUACUUAAAUUAUCGUACAUGGUGUAUUUUUAGUGUACACAGAGCUUGCUAUAUAAUGUAAUGUAUAGAAAGCUCAAAUUUUUGCUCAA